AUGUACGAGUGCCUUUUCGGUUUCACUCCGUUUGCCUGCGACGACCGCCAACAGACCAAGCUCAAGAUCCUGCAGCACAAGAAGACUUUGAUGUUUCCACAACCAGAGGGUGUCCCAAUUCCGAGCAUGGAAGCAUUGGAUCUCAUGAUGCAAAUUUUGGUGGAAAAGGAGAAACGCCUCUGCAGUCGGCAGUAUGAACACAAUGACUUCACCAGGAAGAUUGUCGGCGGCCGUCUUGUCCGUUGCGUCGCGGACAAGGCUCAUCAAAACUACCAGGGGUAUUUUGUCUAUCCUGGCGAUGCUGAAGAUAUCAAGCGUCAUGCAUGGUUUGCCAACACUAAUUGGGACACGUUUUACCGGCAACGUCCGCCUUAUGAGCCUCGCGUCAGAGAUUGGGAAGACACCAAAUACUUUGAUGAAGAGGAUGCCCUAUCCGACAUGGAUUCUGCGACAACGCUGGACGAGGUUGGUGUCGCGCCCGGACAGGAAGCCGCUGCUCAACAUACAAACGCAAACACCAAGCGCAAAACUACCCAACUGAGCCAUCAUCAGGCAGAAGGGCAGAAUAUUGUGCCAUCCAGCGCCAUGAACAUCCCCCCUCCCCAGGACUGUCCCGGACUGGGGGUCACCCAUGCUGAAGCGGAACAGAUGCAUGCGCUGAAAAAUCCUCUUAUGCAACCACGGGUGAAUGGGUGCCUCACGACUGGAGCCACGCUUGUGGACACAGGUCUCCAUAUUGAAGGCACUCUGGCCACGAUAAUCACGGAAAAUGUGAAGCCCAAAGCCAAGAAGAGGGAAAAGAAGAGGCCCAGAGACAUCAUCUUGCGGGACCCUGCUGCAGGAGCACCGGCUUUGGAGGCUCGGAAACUCGGCGCCUUCAUGGGUUAUGAGUAUCGUCAGCCUACAACGGCUCAGGACAUUAUAGAACAGGUGGUCGUGGAGGAGAUGGAAGGAAACAACAUCAAAAUGUAUCGGCAAGAGUGUGAUCAGCAUGAUCCAGACCUAACGUACGAGAGGCGGGUAUACAUGGACGCCGGCGGGCAGUUGUUUCCCCGCCAACGAGCUGCGCUGGUGUGA